AUGAUAAAAUCAAGCCCCACAAUGGAGUACUUGAGUUUUGACCCAAAAACAAAACAAUUAACGCUUGAAACAUGUGUCAUUCCAAAAGCCAAGGGCGAGGAAAUUUUAAUAAAAGUCGCUUAUUCCGGAAUCUGCGGAACUGAUCUUCAUAUUUUGAAUGGUUCAUUUCCCGCGAAAACUGAUGCUCCGUUCAGUCUUGGUCAUGAAUUUUCUGGGACUGUCGAAAGUGUGGGCAAGGAGGUCGUAGGAUUUAAAGUUGGUCAGCGAGUAGCUGUGGACCCUAAUAGUGGAUGUAAUAAAUGUAAUCAUUGUCGAGAUGGGCGAUACCACUUCUGUGACAAUGGCGGCAUUAAUAAUACUAUUGGGAUUUUCCGAGACGGUGGAUGGGCGACUCAUGUACUUGUACCAGAAAGUCAGGUAUAUUUAGUCCCAAACGACGUAGAAAUGCAUCAAGCAGCUCUUACUGAACCAAUGUCAUGCAUAGCCCAUGGCUGGGAUAUAUUAAGCCCUGUAAAUAUUGGGCACAAAGUUCUCAUCAUUGGAGCAGGAAUAAUUGGAUUGCUUUGGGCGUGUGUUUUGCACAUUAAUGGUCUUAGAAAAACUGUUACUGUUGCUGAGCGUCUACCCAGUAGACAAAAACAAAUUGAAAAACUCAAUCUCGAUUACAAGGGAAGUAGUAUGGAGAACUUGACUAACGAAAAAUUCGACCUGGCAAUAGACUGUAGUGGCUCAGCAGCUGCUAUGGAAGCUGCUUUUCCACUUUUACGUCGUGGUGGUUGUCUCUGCGUUUUUGGAGUUGCGAAACCUGACGCGACGAUGGCUAUUAGUCCAUUCAAGAUGUACAUGAACGAAUUGACCAUCAAGGGAGUGAUUAUUAACCCACAUACUUUCGAAAAAGGAUUAGCGCUAGUUCAAGCCAUGUCUGAUCAUUAUUUAGACUACAACAAACUGGGAAUCAAGAUUUAUAAAUUAUCCGAGUAUAAAGAAGCUUUGGAAGCACUUAGUAAAGGAGAAGUCAGUAAAGCUGUGUUUAAAUGUUCUUAA